AUGAAUCGUUAUUCAACAAUCUACAGUUCAAGUUAUCGUCCUUUUGAUGAAAAUCGACGAACAAAUGUAAUUAAUAAAGCUACCAUUCCCCCUCCGCCUCAGUCAUCCACAAUUUUACCACAUCAAAAUAUGAAUGGCACAAGCCUGUCAUAUGUAGGUCAAACGUGGGCUUCCGAUUCCAAUAAUCAUUCAACUAUUACAACUGGCACAAGUAAUACAAAUUACACCCACGCCUCCCCAUAUAUUACUUGUAUUAAUAAUCGUUUAGUAAAUAACAGUACAACAAAUCAGACAGCAAAUAGUCUAAGUUUACGUCGUAAUAUGUGGGAUGAUUGUGAACCACCAAUUGGUGAUAAGCAAAGAUCAAAACUGUUAGAAUUUUAUAAUUCUGAUUUACCUGUUAGUCAUUUAUUGAAGACCAAUGAAAUUAAAAAAGAUGACUACACCAACACACCCAAACGUAAUUUUAGUAGCACAUAUACCACAGUAGUAUCGGAUAAAUUAAAUCCCUGUUCAGUGAUUUCUGCUGCUGGUGCUUACGAGAAUAAUCGUGAUAAACAAACUACAUCUAACACUAUAACAAACACUACACAAACAGUGCAAAGUAAUUCAUCUUAUUGUCAAACAAGAUCAAAAACACCGUCAGUCACUCCAAUAUUGUUUAAUUCGUCAGAUAAAUCACAAAAAAGUUAUGAUACACUUCCUAAAUCAGGAAAUAAUAAUUCUGCUGUUGGGAAUCGAAAUACUACUGUCACUCCACUUAUACCAUACAAUACUGUCUGUCAAAUAGAUUUUAUGCAAAUGUUCAGUCAAAUUGCACGCAUCAAUAAUCAUCUGUUUCUGAGUAGUUUAAAUGCUAUCACACCGGACAGAUUACGUCAACAUGGUAUUACAUUGUUAGUAUCUGCAAUGAUUGAUUCUCCACCGGUUCAUAUUCGUAAUGCUGUGAUGAAUACUAUUCAUGUCCCCGUUGAAGAUAUAGAAAGUGCAAAUUUACGUGUUCACUUUGAUAGAGUAUCCGAUCGAAUAGCUGCUGAAAAUCGGCGUGGUGGUAAAACGUUAAUACAUUGUAUGGCAGGUGUUUCACGUUCCAGUACACUUGUAUUAGCUUAUUUAAUGCGCCACACGAAUAUGAGUCUUGCUGAUGCUUAUCAACACGUGCGCAGUAUAAGACCAUGUAUUCAGCCAAAUCCCGGUUUUUGGCGACAAUUAUUAGAAUAUGAAGAAAAACUACGCGGUAGUCGUUCGAUUCGUCUACUUCCAUCGCUUACUUAUAGUGGAACAUCAAAUGUGAAUUAUAAUACAAAUCGAUUAUACACGAAUAGUCCAAGGAAUAUCAUUGGCGGGUCAUCGUAUUCCGAUAUGUUUUCUAGAACACCGAAUGAUUUAUUACCAAAUAAAUCAUUCACUUCAUUGUAUCCUAUGGAGAUAAUCAGUUGUCGUCAACCUCUUAGUUAA